AAGCUUGCAGCCUCCUCCUCUGCCAGAGCCUGUGCUGAAAGGCCAGCACUAAGUAUUUGCACUCCUGCACAGUGAAGAUGCUGCGACGUUACUGGUACAGCUUUGCUAGCUAAAGGCUGAAGAGUAUGAUGUGCUAAGGGUCCAACAUGAGCUCUACAAUAAAUGGAUGUAUGCUGGACAGUGGAUAUCACAUACAAAAGUACAACUGAUAACUAAUACAAAAAGGACCUUGUCUAGCAUCUCUUGACAGCUUCAUUUUUUGGGGGAUUCAGCAAAACCAGACAUGUUUAUGGCAUUUACAGAAGAGUGAAAAGCAUUGAAUUGCCCUUACCCCCUGUUACCAGGGUAGAAAUGGAGGAGUUGUAUUUACAUAUUCAACCUCUUAAUAGCAGUGGAAACGUAUCAUCUCAGUCCUUCUCCCAGCUCAAAAACACACAAAGUGCACUGCUUCAUAGCAGCACGCCCCAGUACAUUGGGUUGUUUUUCAUGCUUCUUCUGGAUAUGGUUGCAUUGGCUGGAAAUGUGGCAGUUGCUGUGGUGAUUAUUAAAACACCAAGACUUCGGAAAUUUCUAUUUGUUAUACACCUUUGUGUUAUAGAUACACUGGCAGCCAUUACAGUCAUGCCGCUGGGGAUUAUGGCAAGUACACUAAGCAUGGCAUUUGAAGAUUCCUUCUGUCAAACCUACAUUUCAUUGGAGGUCUGUUUUAAUAGUGCAUCCAUUCUUACCAUCUCUGCUAUAAACAUAGAACGCUAUUACUACAUAGUUCACCCAAUGACAUAUGAAGUGAAGAUGACUUUAGGUCUGGCAAUCUCGGUCUUGGUGUUUAUUUGGAUUCAAUCAUCUUUGACAUCUAUAGUACCCUUUCUUGGAUUUACACAUUUGGAUGGUAGCAAUCCGAGCAAUGCUAGCCUUGUGAAUGUUACUCGCUGCUCUAUGCAGAGGAAUUUAGGACACUACAGGAAAACAUUUGUGAUAUUCUUUCUUAUAAUGUAUUUUAUUCUGCCUCUUCUUAUCAUACUGACUGUUUAUUGCAGUGUCUUUAAAGUUGCAAGAAUUGCGGCUCUGCAGCAAGGACCAUUUCCCUCAUGGGCAGGAAGUCCACGCCAAAGAUCCAACUCAAAUGGAAGUCAAACUAAUAUUAUGACAGGCAUUCGAUCACACCUAGUAUCAUCAAACAGAACUACGGGGGGUGCCAAGGCUGCCUUUACCCUAAUAGUAACUGGGGGACAAUUUAUUAUGUGUUGGUUGCCUUAUUUUGCUUUUCAUGUACACAGCGCUUUAAAGACUCAUUAUAUGGUAGAAGACAAGUGGGAAAACAUAGUAAGAUGGUUUGCAUACACAACAUUCACUGUAAAUCCUCUCUUUUAUGGCUGUCUAAACAGACAAAUUAGAGCUGAGCUCACUCAGAUACCAAAGUGUUUCCUAAAACAGUCUCUUGAUGAAGAGCUGGGACUUUCCAGCCGUGAGGGCUCAGUAGAGGAAAACUUCCUCCAAUUUCUUCAGCGGACAAGUUGUGUGGUGGAUAGAAGGAACAGUUUUCCUACUUCUUCAACUUCUAAAUUACUUGUUAACCAAAGCACCCUUAGUUUCAGAAUACCAGGGCAAAUCCUGGAGGAAACACCAGAGCUAUUAGAACAAGAUUCUAAGGUAGAGUUCAAAAGCAGGCAAACAUAAAUAAAUGAGUAUACAGCCAACAACAGAGAAAGGGGAACCAUUUUAGUUUUAUAUUAUGCAGUGCCAUGCCUGUGAUUGGAAUUUAAUUGAUGUAUAAAUGAAAUGAUUGAUUAUUUGUCACAUUUGCUAUUGUACAGAGAAGAUUUUAGAAAAAAAAUUGAUAUUACUUUUCCACAUCUGUUCAGAUUUGAUGAAGAUUAAAAAUCCCUUUUUAAUAUUCAGGUAUUGGCUAUAUUAUCCAGAAUACUUUGGUCCUUGGAUUUCAUGGAUAUAAUUACCAUAAUAAUGCAAAUCACUAUAUCUUAAGUCUCCUAAAAAAAAACACAUUACAGCAACCAAUAGGAUUGUUUAGCCACUAAUAUGGAUUUGUG